AUGUCUCAACAAAAUGGAAAAGAAACCAAAAAGGUAACAAACAAUGAACCAAAUGAAGAUGGGAGGGAUAAUGAAACCAAAAAGGUAGUCGAGAAAGAGAAAUGGUACGUGCCUUCACCAAUAUAUAAGCCACUCAUUCCUUAUCCUCAAAGACUGGCUAAAUCCAAAACCGAAGGUCAGUUUAAGAAAUUUGUAGAGCUUCUGAAAAAACUUAAUAUUACAAUACCCUUUACAAAACAUAUUACACAAAUGUCUUCCUAUGCCAAAUUCCUUAAAGAGAUCCUAUCUAAUAAGAAGAAACUUGAGGAUAAUGAGACAUUGAUGCUUACUACAAAAUGUAGUGCCCUCUUUCAAAAUAACAUGCCUCCUAAGUUAAAGGACCCAGACUUCAUAAUAAUGGACAUAAAGGAAGAUUCCAACAUUCCAAUCAUAUUAGGAGGACCCUUUUUGGCCAUUGCAGGUGCCAUUAUAAAUGUGAAACGAGGAAAACUAACCUUUAAGGUCGGUGAGGAGAAAAUCGAAUUCAUUCUUUCACAAUUCCAAAAGGCACCUACUAUAGAUGAUACUUGUUGUUUCAUAGACAUCAUUGAAGAAUGUAUUAAGGAAAUAAAGAUGGAACCAUAUAAGGAUAUUGAAGUCCUAAAAAUUCCAGCACCUCCUGUUGGAGAAGGGUGCCAAUGCACUGGAAACAUUUCUAGACGCGACAAAAUGCCAUUAAAAAACAUAUUAGAAGUGGAAAUCUUCGACGUGUGGGGUAUUGAUUUUAUGGGCCUUUUCCCAUCCUCAUUAGGAAACAAAUUUAUACUCGUUAUGAUUGACUAUGUGUCGAAACGGAUCGAGGCUAUAUCUUCUCCUACAACUGACACACAAGUCGUGGUUAAACUUUUCAACAACAUUAUCUUCCCUAGAUUCGGUGUGCCUAGACUCGUCAUUAGUGACAGUGGAUCUUAUUUCAUUUCAAAAAUCUUUGAAAAACUAUUGCUUAAAUACGGAGUCCGACACCGAAUAACAACACCUUACCACCCACAAAUAAGUGGUCAAGUUGAAAAUUAUAACAGGGAAAUAAAGAAAAUAUUAGAGAAGACUGUUGCAACAUCUAGGAAAGAUUGGUCUUCUAAACUUCACGAUGCUCUAUGGGCCUAUAGAACGGCUUACAAAAAUCCCAUAGGAAUCACACCCUUUAAGUUAGUAUAUCAUAAAUCCUGCCAUCUGCCGAUCGAGCUAGAGCAUAAAGCCUAUUGGGUCAUUAAGGCCUUAAACAUGGACUACGAUGCCGCAGGCGAAAAGCGAAUAUUAUACAUCCAUGAAUUAGAAGAAUUAAGAUUAAAUGCCUAUGAGAAUACCCAAAUCUAUAAGGACCGAACUAAAAAGUGGCAUGACAAGCGUAUAGCGAGGAGAGAGUUCAAAAAGGGUGAAUUAGUUCUUCUUUUCAACUCUUGA